AUGGCGGAUGAGAGUAGGUCGUAUUCCUCGUUGAGUAUGAAAACAAUCUUAGACUUCUUGGAUUGCACGGUCGAAUCACGUUGCUACGUGGAAGCAGAACGUUUAUUAGAUGCCAAACACCUUGUUCUCGUCGGGGCCAAGCAGCGCAAGGGCAGCGAUCUGAAAAUUGUGAGCCUUUGCCAGCAAACAUCGGGACUCCAAGCCCACCCGCACGUAAUCUCGACGCAGUUUGCGAACGUACGCGGCGACAUUCAGAUAGUCGAGAGCGAGUGUACCUGUAAGGCAGGGAAAUCGGAGAAGUGCAAGCACUCGUCCGCUACGCUAAUCCACUGCUACAGGGCCAGCCUUGCAUCACUGGAUGUUCUGAGCUGCACCGAUAUUGAGUGUGAAUGGUCCGCCAAGAAGAAAGGUGUGCAGCAUAUGUAUGAGGCGGUGGCACUGUCGAAGUUUUGCCAUGUGAGCAUGGAACCCCCAGUCGUGGUAACUGCUCAUGAGCAGGGCGUCAUGGCAGAGCUGCUGCUACAGGCAGCACCACAAUCGGCAAUUGCACAACAGAGGUGA